CUCGCUAGACUAACCCCAGAUGGUGAGUCCCGCUGCGCUGAACACAAUCCUCCCUUGGGUAUUUGGCUCUAUAUAUAACCAAAUACCCAUUGAUACCCUUGACAUCAUAUCUCUAUUCUUUCCCCAACAGAUACAGUCUGUCAAUAGUACGUUCACUUUUACACUUUCCCAAGUACUAAUUCUUGACAAUACACUCUUACUGAAGUCCAAUAAACAUACCUGGUAGACUCAAAAUAAAAUACAACCUAUUACUACUAUCCCUGACAAUAUACACUACUACUGUAGUGAAAUAAACACAGACUCCAAUAGUACCAUUAAAUUAUAACCCUAUUACUCCUCAUGACAAGACAAUCCUACUGUCAUCCUAUAGACACAGACCUCCAAAUAGUCUUAUAACAGAGACCUUGUAAUACCGUAGUACCAUUACAUUAUAACCCUAUUACUUCUCAUGACAAGACAUUCCUACUGUCAUCCUAUAGACACAGACCUCCAAGUAGUCUUAUAACAGAUACCUUGAAAUCGUACCAUUAAAUGAUAACCCUAUUACUCCUCAUGAUAUGAAACUCCCACUGUGGUCCUAUAGACAGAGACCUCAAAAAUACCAAUUAAUUACAACCCUUUCACUACCCAUGACACUACACUUCAUCUGUAGUCCUUAUAAACACAGACCUUGAAAUAGUACUAUUAAAUUAUAAUUUAUUACUACAUGUAACGAUGACAUAUCCCUUUUCCUAUCCAUUGUUAGGCUUAAAUAUCAUCCACUAAUCAUGCCAGUAUUUCAGCAUUACCCAUUACAGUACCUCUUGGCGUUAUACACAAGAAGCAGAAUUACUGGAAUGCAAUUAUCCAAACUUUCAAUUGUUUGACUCUUGGUCUUGUCCAAAAACAAAUGACUUGCUUGAAGGUUUGUGACUGGUUAUCCAAACUACCAUUUAUCAGAACAUCAAUAUCAAUAUGUCACGUGUCUGGUUUGGAUGAUUGUUUGUUAUUGAUGCCUUUGCCCUUCGGAAACCUUCCCUGACAAAACAUGUUACACAGAGGUCUUUUAACUGUUUGAUGUUUGUUCAUUUUGUCCACUGUGUGAACGAGCCGUUCACAGUUGUCCAUAAAAUGGUGAAAGCCAUGUUUAUACUGAUCUUUCAAUGUUUGUGCGUUGCCAUAAUACAAGUUAAAACCCUUUGUGAUCAACAUUUCCUUCACUUAAAAUUCUAACCUGCAGUGUUCACAUCAAGUUUGACAGAGUUAGUGUUAUUGUUGUAAUUCGACUAAUUAAUUUAUGAGAGAAAUAAAUGCAAAGAAAUUGUCUGUGGUCUGUGGUCCUAUUUCAUUAAUGAUUCAAUUUUGCUGAAAGUUUAUUUUAUCAGACUUGUGUAAUUAAAACAUAAGACUUACUUUUUCAACUGUUGAAAUCAUAUGAUAUACCAUCACUACAUUCAGGACCGAUAUUGAACAUUACAAAUGCUUCCUAGAAACUCAAAGAUUACUCGAUUGUCUGGUUCAGGUUCACAUGUUUGUUUGAACUCCUUAUUCAUACCUGUUUGAUGUAUCCAGCACAACAAAGCUGAGUGGAAGAUGGGAGAAGACAGCAUCUUCUACCAGCUGGGCGAGAGUGGCCUCAUCUCCUUCUCCGACUACAUCUUCCUCCUCACCGUGCUCUCCACACCACCAAGGAAUUUCCAAAUUGCUUUCCGCAUGUUCGAUCUUGAUGGAGACGGCAAUGUGGAUGUUGAAGAAUUUCGCAAGGUUCAUCAGAUAAUCCGCAACCAGACUAGCAUAGGCAUGCGCCACCGUGACCAUGCUGUCACUGGAAAUGUUAUGAAGGGUGUGAGUUCAGCGUUGGUCACCUACUUUUUUGGACAAGAGGGAAAGAAGAAGCUGACUGUACCAGUGUUCCUUACCUUCCAGCAACAGGUCCAGAAUGAAGUGCUCAGAAUUGAGUUUGACCGUUAUGACCCUGACGAUGGAAAGAUCACGGAAAAAGAUUUUGGAAGAAUUCUACUAACAUAUGCUGGAUAUCCAGACAAGAAAAAGACUCGCAUGCUGAAAAGGGUCAUUAAGAAGUUCAAAGAGGAACCGCAGGUACAAAAUCACUGCAUCAAUUCAUUUAUUAAUUCAGUGACCAGCCAUGGUCUGUCCAGGUGUUAA